AUGGAUGGUGAUGGAGCAGGCAGGGAUGCUGGUGAUUUCUCAGAUCAGCUGCACUCUCACGUCAUCUUGGCUGGUCUCACGGCCAGGCAACUCAACUUCCCAACUCCCACUAUUCACAUGGGGAACCAGGCCAUCAGCAUCUCCCUUGGCUGUGGUACGGCGCAGGGAGCUCGUGCUGCUGGGGUGUCCCGGCUGGUGCUGCAGGAGCUGGUUGAGCAGCCAGGACCCCUCCAGGAGCAGCAGCAGCCAGGGCAGAGCUGGGGCCAGAGGAGCUCAGGGGUGGCCGUGCUGGAUGAGGCAGAUGCCUAUGAGUACUACGAUGAGUACACACAACCGGAGGAGGACCCCCUUCUCCAGCAGCAGUCCUCGGAGGAUCUUGAUUGGUUUGAAGCAUAUUUUGGCUAUAGCGAUACUGGAAAAGCAGAUCCGUGCUCCUCCAACCCCUGCAAGAACAACGGUAGGUGUGAAAACAGAGGAAGCAGCUUCAGCUGUCUCUGCCCCAAGCCAUAUGCUGGGACUACCUGUGAGAAAGUGAAGGACAUGUGUUCAAAGAGGAGGUGCCACGAGGGAGACUGCCUGAUUACAUUAACCCCUCCUUAUUUUCAGUGCAGCUGCAAUCACCCCUAUAAGAUGCCCAACUGCAAACAAGCAUCUUCACCAUGUAGACCAAACCCGUGCAAGAAUGGAGGUAUCUGCAUACGGCACAGAAUCAGAUCGAAAUUCACCUGCAAGUGCCCCGAACCUUUCAAAGGGAGAUUCUGUGAGAUCGGACUGGAUGAUUGUUAUGAAGAGGCCUCCUCUAACUACAGAGGAAAUGUGAAUCAAGCAGUGAAUGGCAAGACCUGCCUGCACUGGAAUUCCCAGCUACUCUUGGACUACCCGAUUAAUGCCUUUAUGGAGGAUGCAGACUCCUACGGCAUUGGUGAACAUAACUUCUGCAGGAAUCCUGAUGAGGAUGAGAAGCCCUGGUGCUACAUCAGAAGACAUCACAAAGUGGAAUGGGACUUCUGUGAUGUUUCACCCUGCUCAGGAACAGCUGAAAACAUCCCAUUGCCAACAGACAGCCGAACAGACUCACCUGGAUCAAAUGAAAUAUUCCAAACAUGUGGACAACCAGAAAUUCAAAGGCCACUCAAGAGGAUCUAUGGUGGAGCGAAGACUACAGCUGGCAAACAUCCCUGGAUGGCAUCACUGCAGAGAAAGACUUCAAAAAGGAGCAGACAUUUCUGUGGUGGAGUGCUAAUUAAAGCCUGCUGGGUUCUUACUGCUGGGCACUGCAUUGAAGGACAAGCAGAAGAUCUCCAAGUAGCCCUUGGAAAGCAAGACCUCAAGAAGAGAGAGCAUCAAGAGCAAAUAUUUGAUGUGGAGAAGAUCAUCGUACAUUACCAAUACAGAGAGAAGGAUGGUGUCCCACACAAUGAUAUUGCACUACUUAAACUGAAGCCAGUUGAUGGUCACUGUGCAGUGGAAACAAAGUAUGUGAAAACAGCAUGUCUGCCUACCGACUUCUUUCCUGUUGGGACUGACUGCUUCAUUUCGGGAUGGGGCGUGACAGAGACAGAUGAAGUAUCCCAUCAGCUGUUAGAUGCCAGUGUCAAGCUGAUUUCGCAGAGGAAAUGCAACGCACCCAGAGCAUAUGAUCACAAACUGGAUGAAAGCAUGUUUUGUGCAGGAAAUCAUCAGAGACCCCGAGCUGAUUCUUGUCAGGGAGACUCUGGAGGCCCUCUAACUUGUGUAGAAAAUGGCUCCUACUAUGUCUAUGGCCUUGUGAGCUGGGGUGAUGGGUGCGGGUUAAAAAACAAGCCAGGAGUUUAUACCCAGGUGACAACAUUUCUCACUUGGAUUAAAUCCAAAAUUCGGUCUGAGUCAAGAUCACUUUAUUAG